ACCAAAUGAAUUAUGUCAAAUACAACCAGAGAGACCCACAGUUGUUCUAUCAACAUUGUGUGAGGGAAGUUGAAGUUAAUAUUUAGUUUUUCCGUUUUGUUAUUGUUGUCAAUAAAUGAAACUAAUGAGAGUAAAUAAUUAUUGAAUGAAACGCGUCUGAAAAAAGGAGCCCUUUAAAUUUUCCCACUAACAGAGAAAUGUUGUCGUUUUCUUGAUUCUCAUCUUGGUCCUUUGCAAAAACAUAUAAAAAAAACUUGCUCUUCCUACUUGUGUAUAUGUGAGUGAAUGUGUUUGUGUUUCGGUUCGCGAAUGAGUGCACCUGUGCCCUGUUUUUUGACACAGAGAAAUGUUGAGACUACAAUUAUUGUCACAAAGGGCGGACAAUAGCGAGGAAAUGGGGUUGAGGCGUCGACGCAAUAAAUUAAGGUUCAGGUCGGCAAAGUGAUUGUUUAAUGCUCAGGACAAAGAGGCGAGAAAAUGAUGACUGCCAUGGCCAGGUUGCCUUGCAAGCAAACCUCGCCGUCUCAACAACCAAAGCUCAACAAUUUUAAUAACAACCGAGGCUACUGGGAUAUGCAACCACAACAAGCUGCGCCACCCUACGUCAGGAAUCAUCAUCGUCAACAUGAUUAUUCCGGCAAGAGGAAGAGUGCAGUUGAGUUGCUGCAGGAAUCAAAGGCCUUCUACGUGAAGAGUGAAACUGUACUGGACCGGAAGCAAGAGUUGAAGAACAGCGGUCACCUUCAGGUUUCUCAGUUGACAGCUCCCGGUGCACCGCCGAGGCUUCUUAGAAAAUGCGGAAAUCCUGUGACCGGUACUAUUCAACAGACUUCCCCGCAACUGCCUACAGGUCCAAUAUCCCCGCCUUGUUGGGCCACGUGCCACGAACAGGACAAGCCUGACGGUGUACUGAGUCCUCAACGAACACUGCCACCUGCGCUGCCACCGAAGAGCCCUCGAUUGGUACCGGCUCCUCAGCGUCGCACAAUUUCUGGUCCGCCGAGUGCUGGCAAUGGAAGCGAUCAACUUCAAACAAAAUUGCGAAGACUACUCAACACCGAUAGCAAGGAGAACGUAUUCUUUCCUGAUAAUAAUGAUUAUCAUCAUCAUCAUUCAACGCAAAAUAUUCAAGCGAACGGAGGCUGUAGGGAGGAUAAAUUUAGAUUUUCACCCGGAAGCUUUUCACCCGGAUGUAGAGAUGAAGAUCGUACCACGCUGUGCACGCCGGAUAUACGAUUUAAAUUCGGAAGAAGUAAUUCUCACUCCCACACGUCUGCGAGAUCUGUUAAGAAAUCGAGUAAUUCAGCUUCUGGAGAAAGCACGGUUUGUCACAAGUCCUUGCCGGAUCUUCAUACAAGCACGCGACGUCGGGCGUCGCUAUCUCCACGAGCAUCCACUAAAUCGUCCUCAAAACCUCUAGUGACCUCUCAUCAUCAAUCUGGAGGCAACUGUCCGGAUUGUGAAACAAGUUCUGAUUAUUCUGACCUUAGCUUUAAACGGGACUCCAUGUGCUAUCGCAGUUCUAGGAAUAUUCGAAGAUCACUUGGCUCUGGUGGCGGUGAUGCAAGCAGCGUUUUAUCAUCCGGUGGCCGAACACAAAAAUCAUCGGGAUCCAGUAAAUUAAGUCAUGGUGCAACUGCCAGGGACUCUGGUGGUUCUUCCGGUCAUUGUACACAUCGAAGCGAACCACCACCGAGAAUUCAGGAUGUUUGGAGUCACAUACGAAGAGAUAGCGGAGCAUCUACUCAACAUUCCACUGAGAAAGACAGAUCGAGAAAAAGUAGUUAUGGCAGUGGAACACCAUCGUCUGUCGUUAGACAUUACAGUCCUGAAUCAAAUAGUAGCAAUAGUCAAACCGAAUACAGUCCCACUUGCAAUUCAAGGUUUUCGGACGGUUGGAAGGAGGGACGUGGACGGCCAAUAUUAAGAUCAAAAUCCGAUAUCAGCGAUAGAUAUUGGCGUCACGAAAGUGGUCGUUCAACGAAAAAACCCUCACGACCAGCUCGUUCAUUUACCCAAUUGGAGAAUUUCUUCGAUCGUUUGGGUCUUGAUUCGGAGAAUUAUCAACGUAUUACUGAACCCGAUUCAAAAUCAUCGUCGCCCGUAUUUUUUGACAGUGUGAGUUCAGUUGAUUCGGCGCUUGGACUUUAUUCUUAUGUUGGCAAUACACAAGGCAAUCCUGGCAAUCAAUGGCAAAGUAAUAAUUGCAGUACUGGAAUGGGAAAUGAAGAAAGUAACCAAAGGUCAUGCGAUCAACCGAGUAUCGUCGAAAGGAACGCACGAAUUAUCAAAUGGCUCUGUCAAUGUCGUAAAGUGCAAUUCGGAUACAGUUAAAAAAAGAAAGAAAGAGAAUGGAAAAAAUUCACAUCCGAAAAUACAGUGGAAUAUUCUCUCCCAAAAAUUGAAAUCGAUUUUAAGGUAUAUAUUAAUUUUUUUUAUUUAUAUUUUAAAACCAAACAAAAAGAAUUUGCAUUUUAUUAAUCGAUUAUUUAAAAAAAGAAAUUUUAAUCUUCCAUACGAGAAAAUAUUAUUGGAAAAGUGAAUUACAAUCGAAACAAUUACAAUAGAAAUUGUAUUCUUUUAAAGCACUAAUUUUUGAGUGAAAUAUCAAUUUGAUUCAAAAUUAUUCUUUUAGAAAAAUAAAAAAUAAAUAAAAUAAGCCAAGAAAAAAAUUUUAAAAAAACUUCUGAAUUAUUAAAUUAUGAAAC